CUUCGGAGCCCAGGGACGCGCUAAGUCGCGGCUCCGGCGCGCAGCACACACGCGUCCUGCAGUUUUCUCCAUCUUUGCGCUUCCAGAAACCUCGCGGCUCGUCGAGGCAUCCUCCUCCUGCCUCCUCGGCUCCUUUUCCCCCCUCUUUCUCUCCUUCUUCCUCUCAUGCCACCGCUGAGGCGCAGGAUAAGUGGCGGCUUGUGACCGACUGAGUGAGCUCGAUGAACAUGGCGUGCAUCGGGGACGCAGACCCCUUCACCGCUGCUAUACCUGCCACCAAAGUUGAACUGACGGUUUCCUGCAGGAACCUGCUGGACAGAGACACAUUUUCCAAGUCUGAUCCAAUUUGUGUCCUCUACACCCAAGGAAUUGCCAACAGAGAAUGGAGAGAGUUUGGAAGGACAGAAGUCAUAGACAACACUCUCAACCCUGACUUUGUCCGCAAAUUCAUCCUGGACUAUUUCUUCGAGGAGAGGCAGAAUCUACGCUUUGACCUGUAUGAUUUGGAUUGCAAGAGUGACAAUCUCUCCAAACAUGAUUUCUUGGGCCAGGCUUUCUGUACAUUGGGUGAAAUAGUUGGGUCCCUGGGAAGUCGCUUGGAAAAACCUUUGAUUGGAAUCCCUGGAAAGAAAUGCGGCACCAUCAUAGUGAGAGCGGAGGAACUCAGCAACUGUAGGGAAUCGGUGAUGCUUCAGUUUUGUGGCAACAAGUUGGAUAAGAAAGACUUUUUUGGAAAAUCUGAUCCUUUCCUGGUUUUUUACCGCAGUAACGAAGACGGAUCGUAUACCAUCUGCCACAAAACAGAGGUGGUGAAGAAUACUCUGGACCCAGUGUGGCAGGCUUUUAAAAUUCCUGUCAGAGCGCUGUGCAAUGGAGACUAUGACAGGAGCAUUAAAGUGGAGGUGUACGACUGGGACAGAGAUGGGGGGCAUGACUUCAUUGGCGAGUUCAGCACCAGCUACAGAGAAAUGUCCAGAAGCCAGUCGCAGUUCCACAUCUAUGAGGUUCUGAAUCCAAAAAAGAAAGGAAAGAAGAAGAAAAAGUACCUGAACUCAGGGACGGUGACCCUCCUUUCCUGCCUGGUGGACACCGAGCUGUCCUUCCUGGACUACAUCAGAGGCGGGACACAGAUUAAUUUCACAGUGGCAAUUGAUUUCACAGCAUCAAAUGGCAACCCGUCGCAACCCACUUCCCUCCAUUACAUGAGCCCAUACCAGCUGAAUGACUACGCCAUGGCACUGCGGGCUGUCGGGGAGAUCAUCCAGGACUAUGACAGUGACAAGUUGUUCCCUGCACUGGGCUUUGGUGCCAAGCUUCCACCUGAUGGCCGAGUCUCCCAUGAGUUUCCUCUGAAUGGCAAUCCUCAAAACCCAUAUUGCAACGGCAUUGACGGGGUGUUGGAGGCUUAUUACCAGAGCCUGAAGUCUGUGCGCCUCUACGGCCCCACCCACUUCUCCCCUGUUAUAAACCACGUUGCCAGGUAUGCGUCAGCGGUGACAGACGGCUCACAGUACUUCAUCCUGCUCAUCAUCUCUGAUGGCGUGAUCACAGACAUGGCUCAGACCAAGGAAUCCAUUGUAAAUGCGGCAUCUCUGCCCAUGUCAAUUAUAAUCGUCGGGGUUGGACCGGCAGAGUUUGACGAGAUGAUCGAGUUGGAUGGGGACGAGGAGCGGAUCUCAUCCCAAGGAAGAUAUGCAGAGAGGGACAUUGUUCAGUUUGUCCCUUUCAGAGACUACAUCGACCGGCGAGGAAACCACAUCCUCAGCAUGGCCCGUCUGGCUAAAGAAGUCCUUGCCGAAAUCCCAGAUCAGUUCCUGUCCUACAUGAGGACCCGGGGGAUUAAACCUGGGCCUUUGCCGCCACCGUACACCCCCUGUGUGCUACCAGCUAACCACCCCCUCCUCACCAGGCGGGUAAGCCGAAUCUGAAGGCCAGUGCCAGCCAGCCAGCCAGCGGAGGUUGCUGGCCUCUUCUCUCGUCUCCUUUCUUGCUGCUUUUCACCGGAAGCUUGCGAGCACAGGGUGAACUUUGCUGGCGCUCUCUUGUUGCACUUUUCGGAAAUGUUUGACUGCGGAUCAUCUCGGCGGGGACGCUUUACAAAAGUUGACCUUGGUGGCAGUGGGAGGGUAAGACUCAUGUCGGUUUGGCUUCACACGAACUCCCCCAAAAGAGGAAGAGUGGACAGCUUUCAGACUGAAGCAGUCCAAACUAGAGAAGCCCUCCUUAUGAAUCACUGUCCUACUGAUUGCUUCUUCUCUUUCUACUUCCUCUUUGUCUCACAAAAUCACUUCUCUGGAUGUAUAAUGUUUACAUGUGGAGAGCGGGGGUUUUCAGGAGGAACUUUGUACCAGUUAGCGUGAAAACAUGUCAGCUUCCUAUUUUUCAGCCACGAAAAACGGAAAGUUGUGGAUUUGUACAAAAACAUUUAGGCCUUGGUGCCAUGUUCUUUGCAACAGAGUGUACAUAGUUCCUUCUUUUGUUUUUAUUUUUAUUUUUCAAUGAAAUGAGCAUGUGCAUGCACUGGUGUCCCACACUCAGGGCUUUGCCCCUCUCACACAAACUCAUCGCUGCCGCCGCCAGGAAUCCACCCGCCCCCCCCAUCUGAGAUCUUCCCUUGCUUAAACUUCCUGCUUUCUCCGCCUGCCUUGACCCCGCGGGCAUCCAGCCGAAUCAAAUGCAGCAGGGACUUGGACCAGCCUUACUGUUUUACUGUCAGGUAACAUUCUAUGGUACCGUGUCUGCCGUGGGUUCUGGAAACGCAGAUCUCCAAGCCCAGAAGUCAAAAACACACAUCUCAUUACCGAGCCUGACUGUGUGUUGCUUUUUAUAGUCUCUAUAAUUUUGUAAAGGACAGAUCUGUUUAUACGUCUCUCUACCUCUCACUUUGUUGUGUAUUGCAAAAAAGUUUUUUUGUUCUUUUUUUCUUAGACAAGGGUUGUCAAUGAUAUUUAGUAAGCCUGUAGAGUUCACAGUUUCUCACUGAUUAUAAAAUAGGUUUGCCAAACUGCAGGUGUGGAAUCAUGGCACUUUGGUUGCUGUCAUUUCAGGUGACUCACACCUCAGUGGUCGCAACACACUGUGAAUAUGUGCACAAACACACACACAAAAAAACAGACAAACCGGUUUUCUCUGAACAACCUUCUACAGCGGAGGCAGUAGUGACUAUGAGGACAUCUUUGUGAUGUUGAGAAGUUUUGGAGCCUAAAGUUCAGGGCAGGAACCGCUUAAAUUUUCAGAAACAUGUAGCUAAAAAGAAGCUCUUCACAGCACAACUCCACAGAAAACCUUUGUGCCAGCAUCAAACUCUCACUUCUUGAAGGCAGGAACUGCAUUUAGUUAUAACAUUUUUGCCAAAUUGAAAAUUACAAUUUCAUUUAAAAAUCUGUCUUUGAAUCUAAGAGAAUUUUGGUUUUUUAUAGUCACAAUGCUGAUCUUCAGUUCCAUCUCCAGAUUGAGACGAGGCUUCACACAAAUCUCUAUAAGUGGGUUGGAAAAGGGGAUCAAACGAUAAAACUCUGCAUAGACUUUUGUGCAAUUGCAACAGCUAUUUUUAUGCUUUGAUUGUGUAAACUGCCUAUCAGUGCCCAUACAGUUUAGAGAUUUAACUGUAAAUAAAGAGAAAGGAAAGGUUUGCUCAUGGCAACUAUUGGUUUCUAUAGUGAUCCGGCAAACUCACCCCCCCACACAUUUAUAUUGCCGGUGCAGCAGGAGGUCUGCAACACAGUAAAGAAGGGAGUCUCAUAAAAAAACAACCACGCUUUAGUAUCAUUUUACCAUUAGGCAUAAUGUCAAAAGAACCUGAUAGACCCACUCUGAUGAAAAAUGGGUUUUUGGUCUUUUUAGUAUGUUCUUGUGGCAUUUUUCUGAUGAUGGAGGAAACAUAUAAAGAAAGGUAUGCUUAAAAUUGCACAAGCUCCCUGAUCCGCUCCAUUUUGUUGGACGCAUCCACUUGUAGACCAAUAGAUCCAUGUACGUCUUUAUUUUCCUUGUCUGAACUGGUAUCUGGGUCAAAACUGCACUGCUGGAUAGCUCCAGUGUUGCUCACCUUUUCUUUUGCACCAGGAAUAUUAGGUUGUGUAAAUGCACCAUGGACCCAGUAAGUCUUUCACAAAACCAGCUCUUCCUUUAGUUAGGUUGGACUUUAGUGACAGCUUCAACGCUAAAUUUAAAGUUGAUCUGUUCAAGAGGAUCAAAACAAUUUGGCUGCUGGAAGUUGAUUUCCUUGCUGGUCUCAAGUCAAAGUCAGACUUUACAGAAAACUCUUCAGUAACAAUCGCUGAGAUGAAAAUUUAAAUCAAUUACUAUUUAAACUAAUUAAGUGAAACAGUAACAACGUAAAGUUUUACAUUUCAUUACUCCUGUAGGUGGACUUUUAGCAGCAAUAAGAUGAAGCAAUAACUUUUAGCUUGAUACAUUCUAGAUCUUUGCAGAGCAGUUUGAAUGUCCUUUCUAGGACUUGACUCCAGUUUUUUGCAGUAUGUAGGAACGUCAUCUCAGCCCCCUUAAUUAAUGAUCUUAAUGAUCAUUAAUUUUUUUAAUAAUCUACCUUACAUUUGCAUGUAGACGCCUCAUGACUUCUUCUAAUUUAAAUUCAAGAAAAGGAUUCAUUUUUCCUCUUUUUAAUUUUUUUUUUACAUUCUUCCCCUGGUUUUUGAUCCUGUUUUCUGAUCCUUUCUCGGGUGAAUUUCUGGAGAUUGCAACUGAAAAUCAACAACGUGCAACAAAAGUAUCACCUGGUGGUUUUAAUACAAAUUACAAAUAAAAAUGACAUAUAAUGAUUGAGAUUUAAAGUCUUUGAGAGAGCAGCAGUUUGAUCGUUUUUUUUUUAUACAUUAAAUUCUGCUAAACUACACAUAAAAACAAACAAAAAUAUCCUUUUUAAUAAAGAUGUUUGCUGAUAUGCAUAAAUGUGUAAAGUGACAACAAAUUGAGAUCAUAUUUUAGCUUUGCAGUUAAAAUGCAGUAUUACCUGUUGGAAAUCCUGUUUUUAGUACGUAAUUUGUGAAAUCAAACGUCUUCAAUAGAAAAACAGAUUUACAUUUUAGACAGUCAGAGACUGUUCUGAUUCCGAUUCUUUCCUUGGAAAUGUUUUAUUUUUUCAUGUUUACUUGAACAAGUUCAGUCCCGUGCAAGAGAGAAGUGACAUUAAUGGCUUUCUAAUCAAAUCCUAUUAGUCUUCCUGUAAGACAUGCACACAUUCCUCUGUGACUGUAGGCUUCCCAAAGUUUCCGUUAAAGUUUUUGAUCCUUUUAUGGAAAAGUUUCAUAAGCCAUGCUAACUUCUCUGAGUAACAAGCUUCUCCAAAACUGCUGCUUUCUUCAAAGAGGUCUUCAUCCAUGUUCCUGGGCCUCCAAGUAGUCAGUUUUUGCCCAUCAAAAAUCCAAGUCUUUCAGGUUAUGGCACUGUCACUUUUAGACAAGUUUCGGCCUGGCGUUACGCCCUCACCUGGGCACGUGAAAACGUUAGAGUGGACCUCAGCAAAGCACAAACCCUUUCUGGUGAUCGACCAUCAGUCACUCAAUCCAGAGGUCAGUUUGCCUAUAAAUGUGUGUACUGGAUACUGUACAGUAACCACAAUUUUGUUUUUAUUUAGAACCCUGUUUAGUCAAGGUUUCCCUCUAAAGGAAUGUUUACAACAUAUUUUUCUUUCUAAUUUCACUCUUUUAAAUCAUAAUUUGCUCCUUGUUUAAUGAAACCAUCUGCUCAUGAUGCUUGUAAAACAGUCUUUAGGGUGUUUAAACACUGUACAUAUGUUUGAUCUUUGGGGGAACUGUCAUUUUGCUGUUUAUGUGAUGCUGCUUCUUUACUGCUCAUAUAAGUAUUGCAUUUUAUACGGAGGCCUGUAAUCAUAUUUAAAUCAUGACUAACAGGCCUUAUUAAUGUUUCUACAUAAGUUAUUCAUAUUUAAAUCAUGAACGACAGGCCUGUAUUUUUUAUGAGCAAAUGCUUGGAUAAUGAUGUGUGUUUCCUGCGUGCAAGAGAUUCAAAAACAGACCUUGAGAUCAAAAAUGUUUCGUAGCAACAUUUUUUUUUUCCUGCCAAAUCUGACAUACUGUUUUAAGUGUAGCGUCUCAUCCCAGAAGAACUGGUGAUCCAGUUUGACUGAAUCGGGUCCCUUCGUGUGGGGAGAAGUGGUCGGAUGGAGGGUGGGGAGGGUGGUGGUUGUUCCAACAUGAAAAGGACCCAACGGGGGCUGUGGGAUUGCACAAUGUAGCCCUGGUGUGACGUCUGGAGCAGCACCAGACCCAACCGGAUCCAUGUACAUUUAAAUAUAAAUAUAUUUCUGUAUAGUGUUUUGUGGAGGCCUGACCUGCAUUAGACUUCUGCCACUCUGCAAAGACAGAUCCUUUGAAUCUUGAUCGUGACGAGUGGCUUUUCAUUUCACACACUUGUAUAUGCUGUGCACCCAAUUCAAUGAUCUGUUCAUGAAACAUGCAUGACACUUGGAAAAGGGCAAAGGUUGUGUGAAGGCUAAAACGCUUCCAACUUCUGAUCAAUUUUCCCCUCAUUUGGAUCUAGAUUUUUUAUCAGCAAACACUCAAAACUACGGUGGCCCUGAAGUGCAAAUCACACCAACAAAUCACUCAAUGGAAAACAUAUACAAGACCACAAUGACAAUUAAACAAAUAGAAUAAAGAUCAUAUGUUAAAAAUAAUGUGUCAUAUUUUGUACACUAACAGUAAAGUGCAUAGAAUUUUUUUUUCGGAAAAAAAGUU